UCUUUAUUUUUGUUUGGGUCUGGGCCGUUCAAAUACUCCUGAAAACCCUUGUCAUUUUUCUUUUUUUUUUUUCCUGUUAAGUCCCUCUUCGUCUUGUUGAGCUGAGAGUCUGAAACUGAGGGUUUAAUAGUGUUGUGUGCCAGCGUCGUCGGCUUCUUCUUGUAUUGGUCUCUUUUAAAUUGUUUUGUAAAUUAAGGUCUAUAGAAAUGGAAGAUGAACGCCGAAUGUCAAUGCGGACUCGUAAGGUUGCUCCCAAAAUGGCUGCAGCCCUUGCCAGCGCCGACAAUCGAACUCAGGCUGCUCUUGCUCGCCUCGAGGCUCUGGAAAAUGAUAAUGCCGGAAUUGAAAAUGUUGAAAUAAAUGAUGACGACGACGAAGCUUCUCUUGAUGAUGAUGACGAAGGCUAUGUACAAAAGAAGCAAUCCAAGGGUACUAAACGAAAAACCCGGCAGGCUAAAGCGCUUGAGGAUGCUAGAAAGGCACCAAGGACUUUCCUUGAGCUCUUACAUGAGGCAAACCUUGAAUCCUUGCCUCCCCAUGUUCCAUCCUAUUUGAGGGCAGCUGUGGGACCUCCAAGUUCCAAGUCUCGUCGCCAUUUCUGCACGGUUUGUGGAUUUACUGCAAGCUAUACUUGUGUCAGGUGUGGUGUGCGCUUUUGCUCCAUCCGUUGCCAGAAUAUACAUGAUGAUACUCGAUGUCUCAAAUUUGUUUCCUGAAAGGUUAUUGGCACUUAUCAUUCCAGACUCAGGCAAAUAAAUACAUGUACAUCUAAGGACAUUAGAUAACAACAGAUCAUGUAAUCGGGAAACUAUAAUUGUGGGAUAAUUUGUUGAUAAACUUAAAAUUACGGCAGAUCUAGUGGAGGCUGUACAGACUGCAAUUUCUCAACUUCAUUUUCAACUGGGAAGCCAUUGUGAGACUCCAAGUUAAAUGAGCAUCUAUGUGACAAUGCAUCAGCUAAAUACCUGUUUAGCCUGGUGAGUUAGAGGAAAAACUUAAAUUAUAAUCAAACACCACUGUGACAAGAAAAGAACCUUGCAUGUGUUUUUGCUCUUGAAUAUGGUGAAUCACCUGGAUUAUCAGCUACUAAUCAGAUGGCACCUGGAGGUUUUCCUAUGGUAUUUCUUUUUGUGGGAUCAACGAGUUUGAACUUUGCCGUAUCUCUACUUGGGUUGAAGUUACCAAAACCUGAUCCAAUGACAUAGAAUUCAUACCCAUGAAGAUGCAUGGGGUGGUCCUCAUCUGUGACAAUGAUUGUGUCCUAUAACACUAUCUGUACCCUGGAUCCUUAUUUCAACUUAGAGAGCUUAGUUACUUUUGCUGGCUGCCACAGGCCACAGCUCACAUUGUUUGUAUAAUCAAAUUGUAUUGGAGGAACUGGCAGAAGAUCUGUAGUGAAAACACCAGUUUGGCCUUGGUAGUAACCUUGCAUCAGGGAGUUGACCCUGGGAAAUACAAAAGAGGCAUUGUUCAUGCUUGUGGCAAGAUGGGUUCCAUUAGGACCUUGGCAAUGAGGGCUGUUAGGAUUUGUGCAGUUGAUGAGCCCUAAACCCACUGUGAAAGUUAGGUUCUCAUCAAUCACGUGAGACUUCAACAGCAUGUGGACUUUUGAUCCCUGCAGUGAAUGCAGUUGCAGUAACUACAUCAUUAAAACCUGGGAGUUGUGGAAAAUUGGAGUUGAAGAUUUUCCUUUCUUGGAGCUGCAGAGUGGUUUUAUAUUCAAGGAUUGCAGUGGUAACUCUUGAUUCAUCCCUGAGUCGAUAAUUCUCAGAAGAAUUUUCUCACCCAAAUCCACUGGAAAUCUCAUA